CAUUUGCGUAAGUAGCAGUUGUACCUCACAAGGUCAGUGGUACGCGGGUGACCCAAGCAGGGAGGUCUGUUGGGAAAGCAAUGUUCUCCCGUUCCGUUCAUUAGUCCGGUUCAGCAAGACAGCUGUUGUCGUCUCAGAGAUGGCCAGAGGAAGCCGGAGCCGUCCCUCAGCUCCAGCCAGCCCAGCUUCAUCACAUGCUCCAGCCCCUGCUCAUCCACCUCCUGCUGCCCUGGCCGCAGCUCCAGCUCAGUCCCAGGGGCAGGGCCUCAUGGCCCAGAUGGCUACCACAGCUGCUGGGGUGGCAGUAGGCUCGGCUGUGGGCCACGUCGUUGGCAGUGCCCUUACUGGAGCGUUUAGUGGGGGCAGCGGUAGUUCAGAGCCAGCCAAGCCUACAUAUCAGGAGCCCCCCCGGCCUGCUCCAGCCCAGCCAGGCCCCUGUCACUUUGAGGUCAAGCAGUUCCUGGACUGUGCCACCAACCAGACUGACCUGAGUUUAUGUGAGGGCUUCAACGAGGCCCUCAAACAGUGCAAGUACUCCCACGGUGUGACCUCACUGGUGUGAAGGAUAAGUGUUGCCUGUCAUGACAGACAUUUCAGUAAUUAAACACACUGUAGACAACACAUAA